AGUCACUUUUUUAUUUCGUACGACGGGCGACAAGUUUUUCAAUACGAUGAGUGUUUGCAAUAAAUUAUCAUUUCGUAAUUUAGCUAAUAUUACCAGAAAUAUAAGGCCUGUUCAUAGAAAUCUAAGUGGUUUUCGACAUACACCAGAGCAUCAACGAAACUAUGUGAAAUAUAUGCUAUUUAUUGGUGGCGGAGUGACGGCAUUCAUGUGUGCAAAUUUUUUCAAAACAAAAACUAACAAACUCGAAGCGCUUAAUCUGAAACGGAUGAAGCGCGAUGAGGAAAAUCUUGUUAAGCUUACGGCACGAGAAAGGCGUUUCAUUAAAUUUUCUUCCGUCGAAUACGAUGGCCAACUCUAUAUGACACCCCAAGAUUUUCUGGACUCAGUAGUAGAGCAGGAACCUAGACCUCGCUUAAAACGUCGAAUUUUAACUGAACAAGAGGUUUUGAAAAUCAAGGACCAAACACCACCAUUGAAAAAGGGAUCCAACCAACUUUUUAGAACUUUGAGAGACAAGGGAAUUAUUUCCUAUACUGAAUAUUUGUUCCUUCUUUCGGUUCUAACCAAACCUAAAUCUGGUUUUCGAAUUGCGUUCAAUAUGUUCGACACCGAUGGCAAUCAACGAGUUGACAAAAAUGAGUUCUUAGUGGUUAGACAAAUUUUGGGUGGCUCUUUCCGCUCACAUGAAUUGGAUGACGAAACAAGACGUGUUCUUAAACGUUUAGUUUCAACCGAAGAACAGGCUCGUGAAUUGUAUUACAAGCAAAAACCAAAAGAAACUAAAACGAAUGCAUUUAUGGAACGCAUAUUUAGCGGGGCCUGGAAAGAUAAACGCGGUAAAAAUAAAACCGAAGAAGAGGCCGCCAACGAAGAUGAUAAAAAGGAUGAAGAUGCCAAAACAGAAGAGGACAAUUACAUCGAUGAUGAGGAGGGCUUGCAGCGCAAACACAAAGUGGACACCACCCUGCAAACCCAUUUGUUUGGCAAGAAGGGCAAUCAGGAUCUUUACUAUGAGGGUUUCUACAAAUUCAUGGACAAUUUACAAACUGAAGUUCUGGAGCUAGAGUUCACUGAAUUUUCCAAGGGCAAUAAGGCCAUCACAGAGGUGGAUUUUGCAAAGAUCUUAUUACGCUACACUUACCUGGACACUGAAGAAUACGACAGCUUCUUGGAACGUCUGUUGGAUCGUGUCAAAGACGAACAGGGCAUAACCUUUGACGAAUUUCGUGAUUUUUGCCGUUUUCUUAACAACCUAGAUGACUUCUCCAUUGCUAUGCGUAUGUAUACCUUAGCCGAUCGUGCCAUUUCGAAGGAUGAAUUCUCAAGAGCUGUUAAAAUAUGCACAGGUUAUACGCUUUCGCGUCACCUAAUCGACACCGUGUUUGCCAUUUUCGAUCAGGAUGGUGAUGGUCUACUUUCGUACAAGGAGUUCAUAGCCAUUAUGAAAGAUCGUUUGCAUCGUGGUUUUAAAUCCGUUGGCAAAUCUGAAGGAUGGGAAGCAUUUAAGUCUUGCAUCAAACAGGAUAUGAAACAGAACAAAUAAAACGCCCUCUAUUGAAACCAUAACAAAUGACAAUGUCAUUUCAACCUUUAAGAAGCUUUACAAAACCAAAACAAAAACUUGUAGUCUAGCCAAAUAAAAUUCAAUUACCGACGCUCCUUAGACCAAAUUCGAACAAGUUUUGAAAAAAAAACUUCUAUUAUUAUUCUAUGCAUUUUAUCCAUAUCUACAUACUAAAACAUUGUAUUUGUACUAAAAAAUAUUUAUUCCAAAAUUAUUUAUUCAAUCAACUGACCUUUUUGGGAAUGUGCCAUUGAAAUUUGUUUCUUUGAACAUUUGUUAUUCUAUGUACAUACAUACAUAUAGUAUAUAAAAAUUUUCUGUUAUUAACUUAAUUUAUUGAAGAAACUAGAAAAAAUUGUUAUAAAUUAUCUUAGACAUCAUUUUUAGUGGUAAUUAUUGUGCAUUACUACAAUAGUUUGCUGAAGAAAUUUCAUUUCAUACUCGAAAAUGUUUUUCAAAAGCAAAUUCCGUUCUAGAUUAUUUGGAUUAUUUGCCCUCUUUGUUCUUUUACCGCUUAAUUAUCAUAUGUCCAAGUGCUCACUAAUCUCACUGACAGUCUCCACUCAAUGUCACAGCUUGUAUGCGACUGAAAUAGCAGUUACUCCGUAUACGAAGCAUGCCAAUAUCCACAACCUGUGGUCGCGCCCGGUAGCUCGCAGCUGGGCUUCUCAUGAUACAUUGAACAUCACAUAAAUCAGAGCUCUAAGUUCGUCUGCUUGGUUCUGCAGAACAUCUAGAUCUAGAAACUCUGCGACCAAGGGUCUGAAACGAGUGGGUCUGGCUGGGCAGUUAAAUAGGUGACUUGUGUCGUAUGGUCCCCGGCCACAAAUGGCACACACCCUUCAUGUUGGCAUCAGUCCUUGCUCUGUAGGAGUGGAGACCAGAACUACUCUGGUUUGAGAGAGGAGUAUCGCUGAACAUCUUGCUCUACAUGAAAAUGCAUCUUAAGGCUUCUGGGCGGUGGAUAUCUAUCCACAAAAUGAUGAUUUGGAUGGUGCCUGCGAUAACAGCCCAGAAGCUAUUGCUUAGAUAGCAUGUAAUUAUGUCUUCGCAUGGGUAGGAUCUUUGUCUCCUGAUGAAGUUGGCCCACGUGUGAACUGAGAAGACAGCCCGUUGCAGUUCGAAUAAUAUAUCUGAAUAUUAUUCCACUGAGUGUCACAUAGCUGACGACACCACACUGGCGCACAGUGUUGCCAAAUCGAAAAAACUGGAAAUAAUUUUGGAACUUUUGUACGAAUAGAGCUAUAAACACGGACCUUUACUUAGUCAAUGUAGAGGUGUUUUCCAAAAAAUAUGCAAAAUUUGGGGACCCCAAGUCUACAAGUAAUCGUUGUAAGUCCAACGCACACAUAAACCGUUAAAAUAUAAUCCAUGUUUAUUGUAGGGUUUUACGACCUCUAUCUUUUAAAAAAAGAAUCAAGUCGAUCGUUCGAUAAAUGAGCAGUACAAAAUUUGACAUAAUCGAGGUGACCAACUUUUUAGCACCAUGGAUAAGACUCUGAGCCUAUUAGGGUUUCGAGUACAUAGCUCUAUCCGUUCAAAAGUUCCAGAGUUAAUACCGGUCGGCAUGUGACUUGAGGACCUUGUUUCUAUUUCUGACCUUAUCGCAAAUUGCAGUGGCAUGUGAGAAGAAUUCGUAAAAGCUGUCCAAUGUGACACCAAGUAUUUUGGAACACUUGGUGGUCAAAAUCGUUACUCCAUCGACUAUCACAGUCAGCUCCUUACCCACUUGUUGUUGUAGCAGUUUGUUGUGUUCUAUCUUUCAUAUGCUUGAUACUGUUCAGUUUUAAGAUCCAAGAACUCUGCCACUAAGAUGGGGUGCGUCCGCAGGGAUCUGGGUCUGAAUCGAAUGGGUCUGGCUGGAGAGUUAAACAGGUGUUGUGUAUCUUGCGGUCCCUGGUUACAAUCGGGACAUACAUCUUGCACGUCGGCAUCAAUCCUUGCUCUGUAGGAGUUGAGGCGGCUGCAUCUGCCGGAACGUAUUUGAGCCAGAACUAGUCUGGCUUGCCGGGGGAGAUCAAUUUCUUCAGGUGCAUCGGGAGGCGGUAGUUCUCCAAGGACUAAAUUCACCCCGUAGCUAUUUACCGCAUUUCCUACCAUGUCUGCAUGAAUGUUGUCUAGACCCGCUUGAUACGCCGCUUGAUUCAGAGGUUCCAUCAUGCAGAGCUGAACCUCACGCUCUAGAUCAUUUGGAUCUACCUUAAGGCAGAUCUACCUCAUGUGUGUAUGUUGUGAACAAUGGGGCUGCAGAUUUGGUGGCAGAUACGAUUGGACCCCUUGCAGCGAAAUAAACUGCAAGUUGGUUAAGGUAGAUGUUUAUCCUAUCGCAGAAAUGUUGAAAUCGCAUAUUAUACGAUCUCUAUGCUGUCUGGAGGGGGUGGAAUGGAAGAUAGGCAGAGGCAAAUGUGUGUGGUGAUGGCAUGCAAAGCAGUUUUUAUGCUAUGCAAUCUUCGAAAUCCAUGCUGAUGAUUGGUGAAUGGAAAUUCCCCAACAAGGCUCGGGAGGAGUAGUGCCUCAAGCGUCUUGGCCACUGGUGAGAGAAGGGAGAAAGGUCCGUGCGACUCCUCCUUGGGUUCUUUUAAGACUUCAGUAGUGGCAUCACUCUGUCAAUCUUCCAGACAUCGAGAACUAUAAGAGUGUUCAAAGACAGGUUGAGGACAGUUGUAAGGUACUCAACUCCAGGUAAAUCCAGAUUCUUCAUCAUCAAUGUGGAGAUUCUGUCGGGGCCCAACGUCUUGGAUGAUUUUGCGCCACGGAUGACAUUCGUAACUUCGCCCACGGUAAAUUGUGAUGGCUGUGCAUCGGCUCGGAGACCACGGAUACGACAAAUGGCUCUCCUCCUUGCCCUGUCACUCUCGGGAUGCACAAUAAAUUAACGGUUGAACAACCUGACGCAUCUCUUCGGAUCAGUCACGGUUACUUCGCCAAAAGUGACUGAGGUCCUGCCAUGCCGUCUACCGGGGUUCGAGAAUAACUUAACAGUACACCACAGCUUGCCUAAACCGGUGCCUAAGUUACAUUGCUCCAAGUGCUCCAGCCACAAAUUCCGCAUAAGCUCGUUGACUACCCUGUAUAUUUUCAGAUCAAGCUCAUUGAUUCUGGGAGCUGCAUGGAUUCUGGCGAGCUGCUGCACCACCUCGUAACCCUAGUGGGGGUAUCCUCAUUCACCAUGCAAAAAGUGGAGCCUUCUGCUCUGCCAAAGCUAUGCUUCGCUGGACGUUAUCUAGGGGAGAAUGGCAUGAAGUGUGAUGCGCAUUAAAGUCCCCUAGAACCAGACGAUUAUGGCCAGAUAGUAACCCACUUAUGUCGGGUUUGUAAGCUUGGACAUUAAUUGGAACACAGCUACCAACCGGCGGUAUGUACACGUUGUAUAGCUAUAUCUCGGCAGUACCGGAACUGACUGCUAUCUCCAUGCACUCCAUGUAGGGGUCCCUAGCGCCAGGCGCAGGCGAGAUGGGUCUAUAUUGCACAAAAUGGUGUAUCACGAUUGGCCAAUCCCCCACCUCCAUUCCUUGAGAGAUCCCUACGUAGCACAUUGUAUCCGUGACUACUGUGCAAGCUGCAGGUGUUGGUCAGCUUUGUCUCCUGGAUCGCUGCUACCAAUAUACUCUUUCGACUCAUAAAAUUUAAAUUCUCAUCGAUCGUACCACGGAGACCGUUGGAGUUUAGUUGCAAAAUGGAUACACUUUCCGGCCGUCAGUAAUAUAAAUUUCACGAUGGAUACACUUUCCGGCCGUCCGUAAUAUAAAUAUAAAUUUAUAAUCGAACCAGAAUAUUACAACCACAAAUUGUCACAGAAAAAAAGUCUGUCAUUACACAAAACACAUGCAUUGGGCAAAAGUACAGCUAAUAGACAGGGUUGUCGAGCGUGGUUAAUAUGGUAAUUGUAUCAUAGAUGCGUUUUCGCAAUUAAUACGAUUCAAAUACAACAUACCAUCGCACGGCCCUUGAAGCCAUCACACCUAAUAUGGUUGAAAAAUCUUCUAACCAGAGACGAAACGCGUCCGAUAGUGGAUGGUGUGUGUUACUAUCUUUGGCUUUCCUUUUCCAUUUGCAAUCUCCGAUCAUUGAGCUCGUCUCGAAAGACAAACAAACAAAAAUAUUAUUACUAUCGUUUUAUUUUUUGAAAUAAAUACUUUGAUGUCCUGUUUUUAGCCUAGUUUCUGGAAAAUGGACAAAAAUUUGUUAUUUACAAUAGGUAAAUUGCUGCGGGCAAAAACUCGCACGUUUCGAAUAGAAUUAAUCGAUAACGAAUGCCAUAAUCCAAAAAAUACGAAACUCGAUCAUUAUAAGUCGAUUGCGAAUACGAGAAUUAGGCCUCUGUUUCCCCAUCUUCAUCUCGAUCUACCAAAUCAUUUCGAACAUAAAUGGGUAAAUAUUCAAAUCCUUAAAAUUGCCGCUGACUUUUAAGCUUUAUAUUGCAUUUGUUAUAUAAUUACAAUUGAAAGUGAUGUCCUGUCUCUCCGUUUAGGUUAGAACUAUGUUUUUAAUAUAUAUUUGAAGAUAAAUUAAUGUAAUGAAUCUUCUGUAGUUAAUAAUCACCCUUAUUCCCGUUGUCGAAGGUGAAAAUCGACAGUAGUCGUUUGACUAUGAAUUUCACAUUUCAUGGUAUUCUGUAACUUAUAUUAUAUAAAAGUAGGUUCCAUGCCCUUUCGACAAACAGGCGCGAUGUAAUUUAGAAUGCAAUCUUAUAAAUAUUGACAACCGAAUUCGACUUAUGUGAUACCAAAAAUGCCAAUACGAAUUUUCGCCUUUGACAGCCUUAAAACCAGUUUGCUUGCACACAUUUCGACAUUCGACUACGCCUUUGCCAAGCGGAAUAAUGGGGAAUAUCGUUCAUAAUCUUUGUCAUAAUAGAGUAAAUUGCAUCUAAUUGUUGUGUUGUUUUAUAAUUUUAUUUGUUUAAUAAAAAAACAUAUUUAUUACAAUUAUAUAUUACAAGUAAA